AUGAUGCUUACCUUCUUCUUGCUAAUUCUCCUUGGGCUCCCAUGUGUGGACACUGCUGUCAACAGUUCUCUUGGGCUGGACGAAAGUACCAUCGGUUUGGACAACAGUACCAGCGGGUUGAACAGUGCCAUCCAACCUAGGGAAAAUUUGGUUAUGAGAUGUCAUCAUUGCUCUGUAGAAAACACCUUCAACUGCCCUGCCGAAACUGACUGUCCCUCGAAUUUUAGACGCUGUGGGACAAUUGCCAUGCGUAUGAACUCUCGACAGCUCUUAGUCUACAAAUACUGCAUGGGUAACUGCACGUUUAUGAUUGUUCAGCCUCCACCAACCUUUAGAAGGCCUAGAAGCUCCAAUAGCUUCUACUUUUCCUAUUGCUGCUCAGGUAUUCUUUGCAAUGAUGGAGGACCUACUAAUCUAGAGAGGGACUUGCUACCCCCUCGUGUGGUUGAGGAAGAUGUAAUUGCAAGAGCUGUGUGUCUGGGGCAGUUCAACCUUCUCCUGAGCCUUGUCUUAAUCCUCUCCAGCAGCAUACCGACCUGA